CAUUUUGACAAAAUGGAUAUAUUCUUUGUCUCAGUCUUUGUUAUGUAUAUGAUAUCACUUGUAGACGCUGUCGAAAUAUCGGCGGAAAAUAAAUCUGAACAAUUAUCUAGGAAUUUACUGAAAAAAGAAUCACAAUUCCAAACAAUAUCAGACGUUGACAGAUCUGAAAAGAUAAAUCGUGGAUUUGAAAAAAUAAUCGAGUUGGUCAAUGUUUUGGGCCAAAUGGACAAUUUUGUUUACGACAGAACAAAAAACUUUAUUCGCAAGCUCAAUGCAAUGUACGAUAUGGACGAAAAUAAAAUAAAUAGAUAUAGUGGAUCUGAUUCUAAAAUCGUAUAA